GCACAAGGUCACAUGAUACUUCACUUGUACAACAGCUAAAUUACCAUCAGCUGUUGUAAAAUGACUCCACUCAAUUAUAUGUAUAUAUAACUUGUAUAAAUCAAAGUAUACCACACAACUGAGGGAAAAAAGCUUUCUCCAAGACAUUUGUGAUCUUCAUUGGCUUGUGUAUGGCUGUAUACAUUAAAUGAUGAACCUCUGUGUCUAUACGAGUGCUGAAAUGGAAUUCCAUCGGAUAAAAGUAUUGGCAAAUGGAGUGCCCGUUUCUGAGGAUGUUCUGUACGACAAAAAGAACAAAGUGGCCAUUCUGAACGUAAAUGGCGAGGACGGCAAUAAAUCUAUCUGCCAGUCCUCCAACUUCCAUGACCUUGAGAGGCAUAUACUAGCCCUGAAGCAAGUGAAGUCUGGUAAAUGCUACCUCGUGAACACCAAUGAAACUGAGUCUGACAUUGAAGGUUUGUUCGACCAUGGUAAAAUACAUCAAGCCAAGCUGCUUUCUUACAUUGCCCGAAAAGACAAGGUACCAGUGGAAGAUGUUGAAGCUGAAGCUGGCAAGAAGAUUGCCAAUUUCUGCAGGAACUAUGAUACAUACUGGCUGGAAGAUACAACUGAUGAACGCCGUGAUAUCCAGUCUUCAGAGCAAGCACCUAAUUGCUGGUUUGGUUGUGGAAUUUGUUUAUUCAACAUUCAAUAAUGGUCAAGUUUUGAAGAUCAAACUUACGACUAUGCGAAGUUGAAAUAAAGGAAUAUUGCACCUCU